UCUUGCUCUUUACCGAGUUUUUCUGUUACCUACCUUACAAUACAUAUGUCAACCUUUAAAAUAACAGUUGCUUUACUUCUCCACUGUAAACUAUAUUUUUAUUUGGAAGGAUUUGGAAUAAGGCUAGAUUAUACCAUAUGAGGGUGAAUGUUAAUGACUGGCAUUUCAUUAUUCUUUCUGGCUGCACACUUCAGGCAAAACUGAAGCAGGCUCCUACUUACAGCCGUCAGGAAGAUGGCCAACCCUCCGGUGAGGGUGAGACACUCCGGGAUUUGCUGGAGGACACCAGGAGACGGCUAAAGCUGAGCGGGGAGGAACUGGCUAAAGUUGUUUCGGAGUACACUGAACAAUUAAAUGCUCUCACAUCCAAGUUGGAGCAAGAGAGAAAAGCUCGGGAGAUGCUGGAGGUAGAGUUAGAGGCAGCACGAGCACAGCUGGCAGCUGCUCUGCAGAAACAGGAGCGCAGCAAUGAGGCCAUGGGCAUUGCUGAGCGUAUACUGCAGCAGGAGCGUGAAUACUGGCAGCAGGAGAAACCCACUGUUGAGGAGGCAGGCCUGUCUGUCCACACUCUCUGCCAGCAGCUGGGUGUAUCAGAGGCUUGGACCACCAUCCUGAAGAAUGAGCUGCAUUGCAUUGCACUGUCCAUCAAUGAGAAGAGCUUGCUGGUGGAAAUGGUGCACAGGGAGCGUGACCAGGCCCAGGCCCGGCUUGCAGAGAUGGAGACCAUCCUGAAGGCUAUCAACAGACAAGACAGCACCCUCUUUCUCGAUUUCAUGAAACAGUGUCUCGAUUUGGAUCCAUCACGACGCAUGACCCUCAGCCAGGCUCUGCACCAUCCCUGGAUCAAGAAAUGCUUGCUAAAGCCACCUACUGAGGAUAAUGACCCCAUAAAGGAUGUCCCAGAGAGCUCCGAUGAGGUGACAUCACUCAGCAAGUUACUUCCACAGUCAAGCUCGAGCACCAAACCGAAGACAAAUCUGCCAGAGUCCAUAGACUCAAAGCACAAAUUGACAAGCUGACAGAUUACUUCGACUCAGCCUCCCAACUGAGGACUAAUCUGCAGACGUGAGUUAUACUAAAAACUCUGAGCAAUAUUCUUUCAAGUGACCCAGCAUUUUAAGCUAUGCCUUGAUAAUAUUAAUAUCCAACAUAGGAUAGUACUGCCAUAAUUACAAACUUACAGCUGCAUGCCUACCACGGGGCAGUAAUAGGUUUGUGCCAGCACCUUGAA